AUGAGGAUGUUGCCUGAUGCCUAUAACAAGAAAGUGGAAGAAAUGAAGAAGGAAAUUUCCCAAGUUUCACAUGUAGCCCUCACAAGUGACUUGUGGACAUCCAGAACUACAGAAAGCUAUAUCACCAUCACAUGUCAUUUCCUUACAGCUACAUGGGAGCUUAUGUCAUUGGUCUUAGAGACUCUAAAAUUUGACUUGAGCCACACUGCUCAGCAUAUUGCUGAUGCGCUCUUGCAGGUCGCAGAUAAUUGGAAUAUAUCAACCAAAGUUGUUGCCAUUGUUACAGAUAAUGCUUCGAAUAUUGUUGCAGCUGUGAAAAUCACUGGCUGGAUACACGUCCCUUGCUUUGCGCACACAUUAAACUUAAUUGUUUCCGAGGCAAUUAAGUCAGAUGAAAGAGUUAAUGAUUUAAAAAAAAGAUGUAAGCAAAUUGUGACGUUUUUCCAUCAGAGUGUAAAAGCCACUGAGAAAUUGAAGGAAGUACAAUUUCAGCUCAAACUUCCAGAACAUAAGCUUAUCCAGGAGGUAGACACCAGGUGGAAUUCAACAUUUUACAUGUUUGAACGAAUUCUUGAGCAACACCAAGCAAUCACAACAGCUCUUUGCCUGAAUAGUCGCAAUGAAUUGUGCCUUUCACUUGCAGAUGUUAAAUUACUAGAAGCGUCACUGUCUAUUUUACAACCAUUCGAAGCUGCUACAAGGGAGAUCUCAGCCGACAAAUAUGUGUCCAUUUCGAAGGCAAUACCAUUGGCAAGAUCACUUCAACACAUAACUGCUGGACGUUCACAUGAAACCACACUUGGAUCAGAAUUGAGUGCUCAAAUGCGUCGAAGAUACACCGCAAUAGAGCGUGCUCACCUCCUUGCUCUUUCAACAUUGAUGGACCCAAGGUUGAAGAAGAUGGCUUUUUCAAAUAGCGAGGCUGCUCGGCAAGGGGAACAGUGGAUCACUCAGGAAGCUAAAGACUUGAUCACAGCAGCAACAGAAUUUCCUGCUGAAGAACAAGAUGGUAAUAUGCAAAGCUGUGGUGAAGUAGGUGAACCAUCGUCUGGUUUGUGGGAGUUCUUCGAUAAAAAGGUGAUCGACUCACAGAAUGCAAGAAGUUCCACUAGCAAAGCAACCGUUGAAGUCAGAACAUAUUUUGGUGAAGAUGUUCUGCCAAGAUUAGAAGAUCCAUUAUCCUGGUGGAAGAUAAAUGAAAAACGCUUUAGUCUACUCUCUCAACUUGCCAAGAAAUAUUUAAGUGUUCCUGGUACAUCUGUUCCAUCUGAAAGAUUAUUUUCUAAGGCGGGUGAGCUUGUUUCUAUUCGUCGGAACAGGCUGAAGGCAAAGAAUGUUAACAUGAUGCUGUUCUUGAAUAAAAACAUGUAG